ACUUUUUAUUUAUUAUAAAUAAAGACGUAUCUUUAAUAAAAAUUUUAACUUAAUAAUAUGGCUGUAACACUUCCAGAAAUAAAGAAACUUUUAAAAGAAAUGUUCAAAGAAUUUAAAAAGGAAACGGAAGAAAUGUUUCAAAAGCAAGAAAAAGCAGUUCUCGAUAUUAUUGGGGCUAACAUCAAAAUAAUAAACGAUAGAUUUGAAAAAGUAGAGAAAAAUGUUGAUGGAAAUGCAAAUUCCAAAAUUAACAAAAGAAUUAGAAGAUAUAAAGAUAAAAAAAUGGAACAUACAAAAAUAGAUAAUGUAUUAAAAGAAAAACAACGAAACUUAGAAGAUCGAUCGCGCCGAAACAAUCUUAGGAUUGAAGGAAUUUACGAGAAUGAUAAAGAAUCAUGGGGGGAUACAGAAAAAAAAGUCCAAACAUUCUUCACCUAAAAACUUGGACUAAAAGAUGUUGAAAUUGAAAGAGCUCACCGCACUGGACGAAAAAACGAUGGACGACCAAGGACUAUAAUAUUAAAUCUUCAGAAAUAUAAAGACAAAAUAAGAAUAUUGAAGGAAUUGUAUUGACUCAAAGGCACAAAUACGUUCGUGAACGAAGAUUUUUCUCGAGAAACCGUCGCUAUUCGAAAAAAAUUGUUCGCUGAAGUGAAAGAAAGGCGAUUGAAUGGUGAAAGUGUUACGGUAAGGUAUGACAAAAUUGUUUAUAUUAAAACUUCUUUUAAAAACAAUUUUAACGAAUAAUUUUAUGGGCAUUCCUAAAAAGAAAUCUUAAAUAAAAUAUAUUAAUCAUGGCUACAAAUGAAAACUUUGAAUCUCGUGUUUUUAAAAUUCAAAAAACAAAUUACUCUACGUUAAAUGAAAAUUUAGACUCUGAUUACAAUAUUUAUCACAAUAAAUUUUCAGAUUGUUCAUAUUACUUUCCUAGCCAACUAGAAGGGUUUCUUUUUAAGAAUGAGAAUGAAAGAAAUAAUAAUCAAAUGUUAAUUCUCCACCUCAAUAUAAGAAGCUUAAAUAGCAAUUUUGAAAAACUUUUAGACUUAUUAGAAGAAACUAAACAUGUUUUUAAUAUAAUUUGUUUAACAGAAACUUGGAUUUCUUUAGAAGACCUAAAUAAUUUUCAUCUACCUCAUUUUAAUACAUUUUUAAUGGAAAGGAAAACAAAUAAGCGCGGUGGUGGAGUUUUAAUUUAUGUUCACGAAAAUUUUGAGCAUUGUA